UCGCAUCAUUCUUUCACAUGCCAACGGCACUCUUUUCCGUACAAUAAAUUACCGUAUACAAUUACAAUAGCGACAGUAGGCGGACCUCCGACCACAGCCGCCGGCCGCGCCUUGGAUGCCACCGCUGCCUACUUCUAUCCGAUGAUAUCCUUACGUCUCACUUCAUCUCCGUCGUUUUCCCUCUCACUUAAGCCGUGCUGUUUGCCGACGCUCAGACCUAUACACACCAGAUAUAAGCAAGUCAAAAGGCUCAAGCAGAGGAAGUCGAGGCAGGGCGAGUGCAGGGCGGAAUUUUCGCUGGAAGCGCCGGUGGGUGCCGCGAUCGGCGCUUGCAUCCUAAGCUCGCUAGUUCUUCCGGCGGCUCCUCCGCCGGAGGAUGCUGAAGCUGAAUCUCUGAUUGAUUCGACCGACGCGAGGUUUGCUGUUAUGGGGAUCAUUGGCUUCAUUCCUUAUUUCAAUUGGAUGAGUUGGGUAUUUGCUUGGUUGGAUACUGGAAAGCGGCGCUAUGCUGUUUAUGCUAUUGUCUAUUUGCUUCCUUACUUGAGGACAAAUCUAUCUAUAUCUCCCGAGGAUAGCUGGCUGCCAAUUGCUAGCAUUCUCCUCUGCCUUGCUCACAUUCAGCUAGAAGCCAGCAUUAAAAAUGGAGACAUUCAGGGCUUCCAGUUUUUUAGCCGCAGCAUCUCAAGAGAGAGCGAGGAACGAAAAGAUUUCCACAACUUGCCAUCUGCAGAAGAACAUUACCGGAACAAGAUUCGAGAGUGGGCUGCUCCGCAGCAAGAUCCCAAAUCCUUGAAUAAAGAUGAGGAUUCCAACGGAGAUUCAAACAAAGAACAGUAAUACUUAGAAAGGUUAUGAGAAUGCCAUGUCAUUAGAAUGCCUUGCCACAGCCCAGCCUCUUUGUUUUUUUUUUUCUAAUCUCUUAAGCCUGUAGCAUGUUAGAAGCACUGUCCUCCCUUAUUAUUUGACAACUUGGUGUUUCCUUCAAACAUGAUACUUUUUUAGUAUUUUUAUGUUUAAUUAAUUGAAAAGACUUCAGAAAUUUGUGUGUA